AAAUAAGUGACAGUAGAAUUUACGACUAGAACGGGUGCACACGUCCCAUUAUUUGUUUAUGGUGCAUUUUUUUGUGGUUUUGUUUUGUUUUCCUCGGUUCGUUUCGGGCAUAAACAAACGGACAUAAUUUAUUUCCAAUUAUAUAAUAAUAGUUAUAGAAAGUGGAAACUUAGAGAAAAAUGAAUGGAUUCGAGAGCAUAGCAAACAAUUGUGAAAUACAAAUCUAUAUUUACAAAUUAUUGACGUUCAAAGAUCAACUGCGACUGGCCCGGGUCAGCGAGGGACUGCGCUGCGUUUUCGAACGUUUCAUAUGGCCAGUGAAAUAUGAAAAGUUAACAGUGGCCGAAAUCUUUCCCAACUAUGUGGUCACAAAUGAGACCAUUGCGAAUGGUCUUCUGAUGACGGCCGAUGUGUUCAUUGAGUUUCUCAACUUCUAUUCGCAACAGGUGCAUGAGUUGACGUCAUACUCGCACUGGGAUCUGAAGCAAUUUAAGAAUCUCACCACCCUCAAGUGUUGUGUGGACCUGUGUUGGCUGGAAUUGCUGCAAUCGGUGGCCAAUAAUAUACCGGGCUUGGAGAACAUCUAUUUGCUCUCGUACAAUCAGGAUCACAAGGUGUAUUUUACACCCUACAUGGUGAUACACAUGUUUGGCGCCAUAACGGAUGGUUUCGUUUCGGUGGAAUUUGUGGAGAGUUUGUUGCGCAUGAAACACCUGAAACGCAUCUCUUUGGACUAUCGCUGUGACUUUCCCAUCAUUCGCAUUGGCUGUGAUGACUUCUUUCGUCUGAUUUACCAGCUACCCAUGGAAGUGUUGGAGCUGAGUUUUGUUGUGGAACCUGAAAAUCCAGCCGAUUAUAUUCCCCAGCCCCCGCCCACAGCCAUCUAUCCUUUGCAAUUGAAAUCGCUGAAAAUCACCACCACUCUGGAUCGCAACAAAUGGUCCAAGAACUAUGACAAGUUCAUGGCAAUAUUCCAAAACCUAAAGAGUCUGAAUUUGCGCAUGAUUGAUGGCAUAACUGAGGAGAUUCUAAAUACCAUUUGUCAGGCAUGUCCCAACCUGGAAUCUCUAACCAUACAGCGUAGCACGUUCUUUGACAUCAGCGCACUGAGGCUACCUGAUCAUUUGGAAAAACUGAACAUUGAAUUUUGUUAUGGCCUGAGUUAUGGCAAUUUAAAGGAAAUUCUCACCUGUCCCCAUCUCAGGGAAUACAUUUCCAUUGGGACAACAUAUAAAGGAGAUUUUGAAAAUUUCACCAUUUCAGGGACGAUUCAAAAGCUGGCUUUGGGUGGAGUACCAAUGCAGGAAUUUUAUCUUGCCUAUGCCCACAAUGAGAAUCUGCAACACUUGGCCUGGAUACCCAGCAACCGAGAUAACAGCAAUCUCUUUCACAUGGCCAGGGGAGUACCACCGAACCUGACAACUCUACAAAUGAAAUGUUGUCAAGUCACCAUGGAAUCGCUGCAACAAAUGACCCAAUUACAAUCAUUAGAUACCUGGCUAGUACAACCCUUCCAGACCUCAUACAUUUUGCAACUCCUUCGUUUGCCGGCUUUGCAGCAUCUAACGUUGCGCAUCGAAGACAUGCAAUUCAAUUGUCCCCUCCCCUCGGCGGAAGAGGAGCUCCUCACAAAUGUCAUCCAUCUGAAGCUGUUCUAUAGCAAACGUUUCGCAACCGAUUUAGAUUUUUGGUUAGAUCUAUUUCGUCAUAACACCAAAAUGACCAUGGCCAUAUCACCAUAUCCCGAUACCGAAGAUUCGCUCAGGUCUUUAAUAAAUCAUGCAAAAUUUCCCAAGUCACUGAAGAGGUUAUUCCUAUUCGGUUUUACAAUAAAAUGUGAUGAUUUACGAAGAAAUUUUGAAUCGACCAUAAAAAGUAUAGUCUACCAUAGAAAUGUGUUCGAUGAUCCAGAGGAUGACCGAUUUUUCAUUGUCCUACGCAGGGGCUAGGAAAAUCGAGAAGAAGAGGAAGAAGCAACGACAUUUCGUUGCUGAGGUCACUUCUAUGUCUUCCAGUGUUUCUAAAUAAAAUUAUGUGUAUAUAGAAUUAAAAUAAAC